CCCUGCAUUCGGCAUUUUGAGUGUCGCUCUCGGAUCGUUUGCGGUAGUCGAAUAACAUUCCUAAGUACUAUUCAAGUACUUGGAGUUUCAGUUGGUGCCAAAGAAGACGCUAUCGAAAGGACCAUUCCUCGCUUCAUCUGGUGUCAGGGCAUAGACGCUCUCUAUUCUCACCGCCAUGGCUACCACCUUGCCAAAACCACGCGGUUCGAAUGCCCCGCCGAACAGUGCACUUCCCGCCCUACCCAUCGCAAAAACUCGAAAAAGCACUGGCGCCUUAUCAGCUCACAAUGUCUCUCCAGGUUCGCCCAAGAGUGGUCUACGAGCACCCUCAUCCAACGCAUACCCUGGCCCUCCUCCAUCUCCUGCGCCUACCACGGCUCUCCCAGUGCCGAGAAGCACACAUGGGAUCAAUAGCGCUGGAAGAAGUAUUAGGAAAACCGUCAGUAUCAAUUCAUUCCCUCGACCGCCGAGCCGAGUCGCGAGCCUUCCCCCAAGUCCUUUAUCCGGUUCAAUCACCCCGGUGAGGAAAGCGCGUACUCCGCAACCAACAUCCAAGAUGUCACAUGUAGGGAGUAGCGCACCAAGUUUAUUAAACGGUAGCGCGGAUGGCAAAUCUCUCUUAGGCGGAGCUGGUGCGAGGAACUCGGAUGGACUGAUCAGCGUGUCGUCUCCCCCGCAAAGCCGAAGCUCCUCUGCCCAAGACUCAUACUCGACAUCAGCAACAACUUACGAUGAUCCCGCCGAUACAACCGGAACUUCGAUGGGCGACAGACGUGCUUCUAAAGGAUUGGAUGGCAAGGGAAAUGUCUUGGUUAGCGUACGAGUCAGGCCGGAUGUAGGAAACAAUAGUAAUAGCAGCCCAGAAGGUGAAUGGCUGGUAGAUGGCCGGAAAUCCUUGAUAGCCUAUCGUGGGCGCGAAGGGGGUGAUUACUACUAUGAUAAUGUCUUUUCGACACAUGACGAUAAUAGCAGAGUCUACGACCACCUUGCGAAGCGCCUCGUACGUCGAGUGAUGGAAGGAUAUCAUGGUACUGUAUUCGCAUAUGGUAUGACGGGCACCGGAAAGACUUUUUCGAUGCAAGGAACAGCCUCAUCUCCGGGUGUGAUCCCACUCGCCAUUACAGAUAUUUUCUCGUAUAUCCGCGAGACUCCAUCUAGAGAGUUCCUACUUCGGGUCAGCUACCUAGAAAUUUACAACGAACGGAUUCAUGACCUUCUAAGUAUGGCUUCUGGUAACGGUACUGGGAACGGCGCACAGGAGGAGAUUAAACUACGAGAAGACAGCAAGCGGGGUGUGUACGCUACUCCAUUGAAGGAAGAGAUCGUCCAGAGUCCAACGCAGCUCUUGCGAGUGAUUGCUCGCGGUGACCAAGCUCGCAGAACUGCAAGCACCCAAUUUAACUCGAGGAGUUCUCGAAGUCACGCUGUGGUACAGAUCGUUGUCGAGAGCAGGGAGCGAAUGCCCGGUAAUGCGGGCGCGGAGAGCAAACGUUCGGGCAUAUUGCCAGGCGGUGUUCGUGUCUCUACGCUGAGCUUGAUCGAUCUAGCGGGCUCAGAAAAGGCAGCCGAAUCCAAAGAACGCCGAACUGAGGGAUCUCACAUAAACAAAAGUUUACUAACCCUAGGGACAGUUAUCUCCAAGCUGUCAGAACACAAGGAAGGAAAAGGGGGUGACAAGGAUGCGAAGCACUUGCCGUACCGUGAUAGCAAGUUGACCAGACUCCUUCAAGGAGCUCUUUCUGGAAAUUCGUUAGUGAGCAUUCUCUGUACAAUUCAGACCGGAUCUGCUGGUAGUGCAGCAACCACGAAUAGUCACGCAACCGAGACGUUGAAUACACUCAAGUUCGCAUCGAGAGCAAAGAACAGCAUUAUUAGUCAUGCUAAAAAGGCUGAAGAAGCACUCGGUGCCGGAGGAGAGGGAGGGGCCCGGGUUCUCUUGGAACGCUAUCGAAUGGAAAUUCUCGAGCUCAGGAAUCAACUUGAGACUCAAGCAAAGACAGAUAAAGACAAGGUUGAUGAUGAAGACAAGGUCAGGGACGAGGAGGAAGAGCGUGCUCGGGAAAAGGAAGCAGAGGCGAGGCACGAGGAGCAAAUGUUGGAGAUGCAGCUUGCACGCACAGCACUAAAAGAGCGGAUCGACCACUUAAACCGACUGAUUCUCAGUUCGAAAUCCACUGGAGUAAAUACUGGUGGAACCUUCAGUGCGCUGGGAAUGCAUGCCCGAUUUUCUCAAUCGUCCAUCCGGACGUCGAUCGCCACGUCUACCGGCAGUCGUCCAAUGUUAGAGAGAACAGGUUCUAUGGGCUCUUGCUCCACUAUUGGCCAACAGUCAAUUCGACGGCGGCGCACGAGCAUUGGAGACCAAGCAUCAAAUGACGAAGAUGACAGUACGGGUGAAUAUGGCGACGGCACAGCGUCGCUGCAAUCUCAAAACCAAGCAUUGCAGGCAGAUCUCGCCGAUAAGAAUCGAUAUAUCUCCACCCUCGAGAAGCGUCUUUUGCAAGCUAGGCGGGCCAGCUCCGGGCGGACGUCAGGUGGCUUCUCGGCACCUAACAAGGCUAUCAUGGUCGGAGAAGACCAUAGUGUCUCCGCCGUGCUAAAGGAGAAGGAUGCCGAGAUUGCAGAGCUGAGAGCAAGACUUGAAGACAAGGACCGAAUGUUAGGGGCUCUGCGCAAUGCUGCCCGCUCAAGAGAUGUUGCCGAGGGGAUUGAGACCUCAAGGAGCGGGGGCGAGAUCUCAAGGGCUGAGACUAGGGCUGAGACUUCAAGGGCCGAGACUCGGUCUUCUCUCCUAUACGAGCAUGCUGCAAGCCCGCCGCCUCAAGGAGCUCUUCCCGAUCCUCCCAUUGCUAGUAUUAAGGGCCACUCGUCACUUCGUAAGCGGACUAGGAGCGUUGACGAGAUGAGUCGCAUCUUAGACGAAAUGAUUCAGGACCGAGUCGAGGCCGGCGAUAUUGUUAGGGGUUCUCGUGGCAGCGUUCGGGUAGUUAACGGCGGCAAACGCGAGACUCUAGUAGAGCAGCACGGUUCGGGUUCGGGUUCGGGUUCAGAUCUUGAGCCCCUACGAGGGAGCCCAGCCGUACUGAACGAGUCAAGACAGGUCGUACUUGAGGCAUAGAUAUCCCCAUGGGCGAUGCAGGACACAACAUCCAUCAUAUUUGCGAAUUAACGAGGCGUUCCGGUUAGGGUCUGCUUCUGCUGUUUGUUUUAUACCCCUAUCGAAUUCGACUGU